AUGCCCUAUGACCCUUCGCCGCUGCCAGGCUCCGCCCCAGAGUACAAGGCACACAUUGUGCUGGUGCCAGCCCAGUAUGCGCGAGAAUCGAUGACAUGGCCUUCGCACAUGGAGUCUGUGAGCCCGCUUUUUUCCGAGCUGAGCAGCCGCGCGAAAAAGGGCGGAUCGUUGGACGGUUAUGCGAUCAGCUUGUCCGAAGGGGAUGCAUCGCUCCCAGAGGCGCAGCCAGCCUGGGAUCCGCAUCGCGAUAAAGCGAUGCGGCCUCCCCCGAGCCAAGUGGCUGAGGACGAAAUGUACUGGCUGUACGCCUACAAUGACCAAGGGAAGUUUGUGACAUGGCCGGAACCUAUUUCCUUGCGCACGCUGCCCAGCGGCCCAACGCUUCGAACGACACUUGAACGGAUGUGGAAAGAAGCCAAAGAUACCAAAGAGGCGCAUAUCUAUGUAUGCACACAUGGCAUGCGCGACUGUCGUUGCGGUGUGGUCGGCACGGAAUUGCUGCAUACGCUACGCGACCAAGUGGCGCAGCAUGCUGACACAUGCAAGCAAGACAACAAGGCACCGGCCAAACAAGUUCGUGUGAUGUCAGUGAGCCAUGUGGGUGGGCAUAAAUGGGCAGCCAAUGCCUUGGUGUAUCCCCAUGGCGAUUGGUACGGCAAUCUUCGAACGAGCGAUGCGCCGCUUCUUCUCCGCGCCGCUCUUGCUCCCGCAUCAUCGCGGCACGACUUGGAUGAUCUGCGCGAACGGCUUGUGCUGUGGCCACGCUGGCGUGGACGGCUGGGUCUGACGCAGGCCGAGCAGCGUGAGCACAUGAAUGAAUGGGGACCACCUGUCGUGUACACAGCGCAUAUCACACCUCGAGCGCGUGGUGGGCCAUCAGCAGCCCCUUCGCAAGUCCCCCUGCGCUUCCGCUCGUAUGCGGGCGAGUGGUUUGAAGUCAUGGGUACGAUUGGAGAGUCGCUCAUGGAAGUGGCACGAAGACACGACUUGCCCAGCAUUGAAGCCACCUGCGGCGGAUCACUAGAGUGCGCUACCUGUCAUGCCUACAUUUGCGAUGCUCAGAAAAACGAUCCUAUGGCGCGUGGAGAUCUCACCCAAAAGCCUGCCAAGGCAGAGCAGUUGUUCGGCACGACAGAGCUGAGCGAUGACGAAGACGAUAUGCUGGAAUAUGCCAUCACACGCAAGCCGUCCAGUCGUUUGACAUGCCAAGUUCGUGUAACGCAAGCGCUUUCUGACUGGAUGAUGAAGGAAGGUGGUCGUGUAGAGCUGAACCAAUACUAG